UAAGAAAAUGUAAAAUAUUUCAGAAAGAUGUCUGAGCAUGGUUCCAACGGUUCUAACGGUUCUAACGGUUCUAUAGAAGAAAUCGGACCAGAGGAGAUUGAGGAGAGUAUAAAUGAGAAUUCCGAGGUUCUAUCUGAAGAAUCAGUCCCCAACUCUGUACCAGCAGAUGAUCCUCCUCUAGACAACAUUGAACUCAUAAACGUUGUUGCUGAACCUGCUGCUGAGGAACCUGUUCUUCCAACUGAAUCCGCUCCGGUCGAAUCUACUCCUGCUCCUGAAGCAGAUGCUGUUUCUGAAUCAGGUGUUGCUCCUGAACCAGAUGUUGCUCCUGAAUCAGAUGCUGUCACCGAACAAGCCGCUCCUGAACCUGCUGCAGCUUCUGCUGAACUAAUUGAACCCAUUGUUGUUGAAGAUGUCGAUGAUGUAGAGGAAGUUCCUAGAGACCCUCUUCCUCCUGCUCCUCAACCUUCUAAGGUUCGAACCAUGAAUCCUGUCUCUGUGGACGAUGAGGAGGAGGAUGACGAUGAUAUUGAUGAGACACUGGUUGAAAGAUUAGUAGGUUUGACUGAAAUGUUCCCUGAGAGUAUACGCUCUGGAACUGUAUCCUUGUUUAAAAGUUCUUGGUCUGCUACUCAGUAUCUUUAUGGUUUCAGUAGAUCUGCAGGAUGGAUAUUCUUCUCAACAGCUUCAAUUCUAUUUAUGCCGGUAAUGAUUGAGACUGAGCGAUUGUCCAUUAUGGAUCAGCAGAAGCAGCAGAAAACUCAGAUGUUAUUGGGACCCGGAGUAGCAAGCAGCGGAGCCCCGUCCCUCGGCCCUCCCCCAAUCUAGAUUAAUUUUCAUCCUUAAAUUUUCCUGAUUUCGGUAGCAUUAAGGUUAAAGCAUUUUGAUUUGGUCACUAUGUUUAUUUUGAAAACUGGUUUUAUCUCUGGUUCAUUGUAUUCAGCUAAACUCGUGUUUUCAGA